GUGGGUGGGCUUCUCCCAGGGACUCCAGGCCUUGAAAAGCCCCUCUGUGCUCCUGCCCCCAGAACAACUUCCCCGCCAGCAGCCGGGAGCGUCUGCAGGACCUCAAGUCCACCGUGGACCUGCUGACCAGCAUCACCUUCUUCCGAAUGAAGGUCCAGGAGCUGCAGAGCCCCCCUCGUGCCAGCCAGGUGGUGAAGGGCUGCGUCAGGGCCUGCCUCAACUCCACCUACGAGUACAUCUUCAACAACUGCCACCAGUUGUACAGCCGGGAGUAUCUGGUGGACCCGAACAAGGCGCAGGAGCUGCCCCCCGAGGAGCAGGGCCCCAGCGUCAAGAACCUGGACUUCUGGCCCAAACUCAUCACGCUCAUCGUCUCCAUCGUGGAGGAGGACAAGGCCUCCUACGCCCCCGUCCUCAACCAGUUUCCCCAGGAACUGGCGGUGGGCAAGAUCAGCGCGGAAGUCAUGUGGAAUCUCUUCACUCAGGACAUGAAAUACGCCAUGGAAGGUGAGUCCGGUGGCGUCUCCUGGGCCUCUGGCGGCAAGGCCGUGGUUUGUGGGGGAGCUCCGUGGCCUUGGCCUGGUGCUGGUCCUGGAGAUGCGGGGUUUACGGGUGUCUUGCGGCCGUUUAG